UUCCCUCUGAAUAAUUUUGCACGGUUGGCAAGUGAGUGUUCAUGAAGCGAGGAACUGCUUGUUUUCAGCAGCUAUAACCGGCAUGGAGGAUCCUCCAGCACCGACGCUGAUCAGCUGUCAGUCCCUGGAGCAGUUCCUGCUGCUGGCAAAGUCGGCCAAGGGCUCUGCAGUGGCUGAGCUCAUAAAACACGCCACCGAGACGAGCGGCGUGUACGUCUUCAGCGAGCUACUGGAGUGCAAGUGUGUGGAGGAUAUUAGGAACGGUCCACACGCCAACAGCGUCAAACUGCUGGAAAUCUUUGCCUACAGCACCUACGAAGACUAUAAGAGUGAAUGCGCGUGUCUCCCUCCCCUCUCUCCCGCCCAACUAACGAAACUGAAACACCUCACAAUCGUGUCACUUGCCUCCCAGUGCAGGACAAUUCCGUAUUCAACGUUGCUAGUGACGUUGGACAUAACAAAUCUUCGAGAGCUGGAGGAUCUGAUCAUAGACGCCAUCUAUGCGGGAGUCAUUCAGGCAAAGUUGGACCAAAAGAACGAGAGAUUGGAGGUGGAGAGUUUCAUUGGAAGAGACAUAAAGAUGGAGGAACUGUCGGAUAUGGUUGAAAAAUUAGACAACUGGUGCAGCAACUGUAUGCAAGUACUGCAGGCAGUUGAGGGAGAGAUGACGCGGGCCAACCUGGUGAAAAUGGAGCACUCUCGAAGCAGGGACAAGAGAGAGGUGGAGCUGAAGCAACUGAAGGAGACACUGAAAGUGGCGUCCACUCUGGAGGGGGAGGUGCGGCAGUCCACGUCUCAGCCGCCCAGGGAACCGGCAAAGGCCACAGCAAAGAAGGGACUAAGAGGCAGUGCCGCUGAAGAGACGCAAAGCAUAAGAAAAGUGAUUCAUUUCGCAGGCAACUAGUCAGCCAAAAACUGUACAUAUAUCCGUGCAAUGAUUUUAUCUUUUAAACAAAUAAUUUUUGCAACCACUGAUGCUCGCUUUACGUACGUAUAAUUACUGCAAAACCAAUGAUUAAAAAUAAUGCGGACUGGAAAAAUACUGAUGGUGCUAAAAAAUUUGCCACUCCAAAAUCAGUCUUGCAAUAUAAAUACGCAAUGGUGUGAAAGUGAUUAAAAAGUACACACAGGUCUGAAAAUACUGAUGGUGGUAAAAAGUUUUACAUGCCAAAAUCGGUGUUUGAGUUAAUUGUACUGAGUGAUGAUGAUGAUGAUGAUGAUGAUGACGACGAUGAUGAUGAUUGUUGUGAUGAUGGGAUGGUGAUGUGAAGUGCUGUCACGGCAGCGAGACAAGACGCGCCAAACGAAACAAAGAGCGUGAUUUGAUGAGUCCCGAAGAACCGGAUCAGAAAACCCAUGGAGGUGGCCACGAGAAACUGGGCAAAGAACAUCUGCAUGCAGAGCAGCGAGAUUGCUUUUCCUGUGAUGUCACUGCUCUCUGGCCAAGGCCUUGAGAGAAGAAUGCCAGCCUCCUGUGUGUGUAAUUACAGUGGAUGAACAAAUGGAUGCCAGCGUCCUACGUCUAAAAGAGGUGUCCAGGUGUCUACUCUUAUAUAUAGGACAAUAUUACCAGCCUCCUCCUGUGUGUAAUUUCAAAGCCAGCGUCCUAUAUAAUAUUAUGUUUGUGAAAUGUGCUUGGUCUAGUCUUCUAGGGCAAUAAUUGCUAGUUGCCUAUGUAUAUAAGGUGUCUAAAAUAGCAGUCUCCUACGCGAGUUUGUUAGCAAAUAUGAAUGGUGAAUCUACAUGUAACAUUAUGCUAUUAGCUACACAGCAAACAUGCAGUGUGGUAAUGGCUGAGGUUCAAUAGCACUGUCAACCCUACCUG